AUGGACUUGAGCGAGCCCUCCGGAUACGAGUCAUACUCCAACCGACUUGACCCUCAUGAUGAAGUCGACAAUGCGCAUGUCGAAAAGGCAGCUCGUCUGAGUUCAGAUGAACAAGCUCUUCUCAAACAGCGACGGGCGCCGCCCAAGUCGAAAGGAGGUGCUCUGGAUAGCAUCCGCCUCGCUUUGCGAGUUCUCAUUCUCCUCGAACGAAGAUGGUUGGGUGAGAACUCGAUGGCCCUCUAUCAAGAUGCUGUCAACGUGGCUCAUGCUGGCUAUGGCCAUUUUGCACCCGUCGUUCAAAUUGUCGCUCUCGUCACGCGUCUCAGUUUCUUCCGCUCGAUGCGCGAUGGAGCAGUACACAACGUCGCUGUCUUUGUUAGCUCCGGACUUGUCAUCGCUGGUUGGAUCGCAGCAUCGGUUUACCUUAUCGUUGAUAAAGAAGUCCUCAAGAACAAUCACUGGGAUCUUUGGUCUUGGUCAUGCCAGAACAAUUCGCGACAAAGCUACAUACCUUGGGCAAGCUUAUGUACAGAAAUGACCUUUACCUAUGCUGCAAGUUUGGGUGUCAUGUUAUUGGAAAUUGUCACCUUGGUGCUCUUUGUUGCCUCGUUGAGAGGUAUGAACAUUCUUGGCAAGUACAACAGGGCUAGUUCCAACUAG